AUGGGUAUUAAUAUAUGGAGGCACGCUGGAUUUCUUAAAGAAAUGACAGCGGCAGAAGCCAUGUCCAUUCUUGGAGUCUUUGCCCUAAAAAGGUCUAGCAUAGACACAAACUACAGAAUGCUUGUUCGGGCAAACCAUCCAGACUCAGGCGGAAGCGAUUACUUAUCCCAGAAGGUAAAUGAAGCACGGGAGUUGCUAUUAAGAAACAUGAAGUAG